AUGGUGCCAAUCCAAGUCACCAUCUUCUCCAUCACCAUGUACGUGCUUGAGUCCUUGGUAAUAAUUGUGCAGAGCUGCCUAACAGUUGCCACGCUCUUCAGAGAGUGGAUGAAUUUUCAGAAACUGUCACCAGUGGAAAUGAUUCUUAUUGGCCUGGGCAUCUCACAUUUCUGUCAACAAUGGGCAUCGGUGCUGUACAACUUUGGCACCUAUUCUAGGCCUGUCCAUUUAUUUUGGAAGGUCUCAGUCGUCUGGGAGUUCAUGAACGUUUUGACCUUCUGGCUAACCAGCCUGCUUGCCGUCUUCUACUGUGUCAAGGUCUCCUUCUUUACCCAUCCCGUCUUCCUCUGGCUGAGGCGUAAAUUUUUGAAAUGGGUUCCUUGGUUGAUAUUGGGUGCUCUGAUAACUUCUUGUUUGUCAACCAUCCCUUCUGUUGUUAAGAACCACAUCCAUAUAAAAUUAAUGACCCUGGAUCAUUUACCUAGGAAUGGUUCCUUGAUUCUGACACUUAAAAUGCUUGAAGAGUAUUUUUCCCGUCCUCUGAAAAUGAUUGGAUAUGGUGUUCCCUUCCUUGUGUUCCUGGUUUCCAUCAUCUCACUCACCGUCUCACUGAUCCGGCACUGGAAGCAGAUGAAGGAGCAUAACACCAGUGACUCCAGCAUGAGGGCUCAGUCCACUGCUCUAAAGUCCCUUGCUGCCUUCUUCGUCUUAUUCACCUCCUAUUUUCUAACUAUAGUAAUCUCCUUGAUUGGCACCAUAUUUGAUAAGAAAUCAUGGUUCUGGGUCUGCGAGGCUGUAAUUUAUGGUUUAGUCUGUGUACACUUCACUUUGCUGCUGAUGAACAACCCUACGUUGAAAAAGGUACUGAGGCUACACUUCUGA